CAUCAUCCAAACAUUAGCUAGCUGAGUAGCUUUUAGCUAGCCCAACUCUCAAAAAAAACCCAGCUCAUAGUGAAAAUAAUUUAUGAGUCGCAAAAGAAACCACAUUUUUGCUGAAACAAGCCUGUCUCCUGAACUCCACGGCACCUUUAUGGAGCCUCCCGGGUCAGUGGGUCGAGCUGACGCGGAUUUGUUGGAGCUGGAGCCCGAUGAGGAGCUCCUCUGCUCGGUCAGCGACAUCACCGAGCACCUCGGUAGAAACAUCACCGUGGUACUCGAGACAGCGCUGUCUGAGAUCCGCAAAAUGGUGAGCAUCAGGAUAAGAGUGCUGAAAAUGGAAUUGCGCGAGAAAACCGAGGAAAUUGAAGUGUUAAAGGCGAGACUGGACACAGUUCAGAGGGAUGGCAGGGAUCCUUUCCCUGGCGUAACGACCAUGGAACCAUCUGCUGAGGCUGGCUUCAAGAAACAUGACUUCAGCUCCGGAACCAAGCACAACAACACAGACCCCAGGAGAGCCAAAGCUGUCAUGCCCGGCGUAAAGAAGGAGAAUAUAGACGCAAUCUGUGACUAUCUGAUGAAAGACAAGAACUCGAGGGGUUGUGCUGAAAUGGACGAUCACAGCAGUCAAGCCAGUAGUGACAGGGAGGCUCGCCAAGAACCGGACCCGCAUUCCCUCACCCUGUGGCCGGACAGCGGGAUGGCCGGCUCCGGGCCUGUGCACGGAGACUCCGAGUCCACCGCAGAUGACAUUUUCAGUAUGCUCCCCUCAGGCAGCAAACGGAUGUAUGACUACGAGUGGAUAGCACCAAUGGAAUAUUCUUCAGACCUGAAAGUCAUGAAGGAGCCUAACUGUGAGAAUACCCGGACCGGUGAGACAGAAGAUGAUGAGAAUGAAGAUGAAUCCGCCAGGAGGGAGGAGGGGGCACUGGAGCAGGCCCAGGUUCCUCUCUCACAUGUCCAACAACCUGAGUUCUCCAUGGAGCCCCAGAGCUCUCCAGGCGAGGGAGGAAGUCCCCUGGAGGGCAACACAGACAGGCCUGAGGGAGGCCAGCAGUUUUCCAGCCACACUUACAUCUGCUCGCUGUGUGGAACCUUCUGUCCUGACUCUGUGUUCCUGGAGGAACAUGUCAAGCUGAUACACUCGGACUCUGCUGGUGCCCAGGCUCUCCAGGCCCUGCAGUCCACCUCCUCUGCUGCGACCACCAUGGGAGAUGGUAGCGGUGAUUCCAGGAGGGCUGGAGGGGGCGGGCAUGUGAAAAAGGAAAUUAAAAUUGAGGGGGGUUAUGAAUGUGGCGACUGCGGCCGCCAUUUUAACUACCUUGGCAACCUGCGACAGCACCAGCGCAUCCACACUGGAGAGAAGCCUUUUAUGUGUCCAGAGUGUGGAGAGAGGUUCCGCCAUGCAGCUCGCUUAAAAAGUCACAGGCUUAUCCACAGCGGUGCCCAGAGCCCCUUCCCAUGCCCUCAGUGUGGGAAAGGGUUCUCAGUGCUGUCGGGACUCAAGAGACACCAACGCGUGCACACUGGCGAGAGCCCUUACGCCUGCCCUCAAUGUGGCAGACGAUUUAAGGAGCUGGGGAAUCUGUACACCCACCAGAGGAUCCACAGUGGCGCCACACCUUACUGCUGCCAGCAGUGUGGACGCAGCUUUCGCCACCUGGGCACCUACAAGAGCCACCGCUGCACCCCAGCACAGUAAACAGCCUGACUGCUAACACCCUCUGCUACACUCAUUGACAACUGAAACUGUAAAAUCUAAAGUGUUUGUCAAAGACAAGACAUGGUGUGGUCUCUGAGAUGCGUGUGCUCUUUCUCUGACUGUUGUGGGAGGUGCUGGUCAUGUGGAGAACAGAGCUGGUUUUCUUCGAUGCUGCCCAAGCAUUCAUGUUCUGUCACAUUCAUAACGUUGCUCCCCUGCCCCAGGCAUUAAGAGACGCUGUAUCAUUGAGCUUUAAAGUUCAUUUUUUAACCUUGAACAAUGUUAACUCAAGGUUUGCAAAGUCACUUUUUUCUGGAGCAUUCAGCUGUAUCACACACAUCUGUAUUAGGUGGGGUCUACUCAAUUAUUAUUGAACUGCAGAUGUUUUUCAGACUUUUGGGGCUUGUUUUUCAUGUUGGCUUAAAAAAAUAUCCUAGUGGUUUAUUAUAAAGAUUGGAAGCUAUAGAAAAGACUAAAAUUACAUAACAACUGAGAAAAGUUCAUGUGUUGACAGAGACUGCGGUGGAUGACUGAAUGCUCUGGAAAAAGUUUGCUACCUUGAGGUGCAAUUGUUUUGUUAAAAAAAUUUUUUUGUUUUAAAGAUUAUU